CAGGGCAGGGCGGGUCCUCACACACCCAGCGUGAGAGAAGCGAAGCGUAGUUGUUUCACACCGGACGUAUUUUGGUAGCGACACAGCCAACAUGGACGCUGUUAUAGAGUAUAUGACCGAAGUGGAGGAAGCGGCGGAGGAUGUCCUCACUACUAAACAGCAGAUUGUGGACCUGGACACAAAGAGAAACAAGAACAGAGAGGCACUGAACGCACUGAAAACUGAAAUGUCCGAUUCAGAUAAAGUGAAGGUUUGCUUUGGAAACAUGUUCAUUAAAUUCCCCAAAUCAAAGACAAGAGAGAUGAUUCAGAAAGACCAGGAGCAGCUGGAGAAGGAGAUUAACAACCUUCGCAAUGGACUGAAAACAAAGGUCAAUCAUCUCAAUGAGAUGCAAGGUAACCCUGAGGUGAGAGGCUACAAUCUCUCUGCUCUGUCCACUGAUGAAAUCAAAGCUAUGAACAGCAUUUUCAAGAUAUGAAGAUAUUCUGAGGACAUGAGGUCAGCGAGCUUCCCCUGCCACCACUGAAGUGAAAUGUUUUAUCCUGUGGAUGAUGUGAUGACACGGUAAAUCAGCAUCCCGAUGGAGCCACAAUAUCCUGUCAGCUUU